ACCAUUUUCAAUCUAAACCUAAAGCUUCAAACAUUCAUACUUUUACUCUACUCAUAUUUAAAAUUUUAUUGAUAAUAUUGAUUGUAUAAUAAUAAUGGAAAAAAAUAUGGCAGAAUCCCCCCUUGAGCAAAGGCUAGCCAUGGCAAAACGCUGCUCUCAUGAGGGUGUUGUUGCUGGAGCAAAAGCUGCUGUUGUUGCUGGAUUUGCUACAGCAAUGCCAACUAUAGCAAGUGCAAGAAUGUUACCAUGGGCUAGGGCUAAUCUCAACCCCACUGCACAAGCCCUCAUAAUUUCAACUGUGGCAGGAGCAGCAUAUUUCAUUGUAGCUGACAAAACUGUGCUAAAAUCAGCACGUCAAAACUCCUUCAACCAAGAUGGAAAGCACACCAUUAAACCAUAAAUUUCAAAUGCCAGAAGCCUGAGCCUGGCUCAUGGCUUUCAGGCUUUGUCACCGAUGGUUGAUGAUGACAACGAUGAUGACGAAACAUAGGAUGAUCUGAUCUUGAUGUUGAUUAUACUUCUUAAAUUACAUUGAGAUUUGAGAGUCAAAUCUUGUAUUGAUCUACCCUUAUGUUAUAUAUCCCAAUAAAAUUGUUUUUCCCUUUAAAAGCAAUAGUUUAGCUCCAUUUGUUAGUAACUGCUACUAUUUACUUACAGUAAGAUUCAAUAGUCCUAUACUGAUAUGCUAACAGCCUAACAUGGAUCUGACACCAACCUUAAGUCCCAGAAAAUUUUAGU